AGUAUGUGAGACUCUAUGGUCCCAUUGGCUCUUUCGCGCUGCGCCUCUGACGACUUCCGGCGGCUCCUCUCGCGGGGGUUGGCUGUUGGCGGCGUUGUGGUUGAGCUCGUGUGUGGCGGUGUGUCGGCGGCGGCUGCAGUGAAAGAGUUUGGCGCGAUGUCUCACACCAUUUUGCUGGUACAGCCUACCAAGAGACCAGAAGGAAGAACUUAUGCUGAUUAUGAAUCAGUGAAUGAGUGCAUGGAAGGUGUUUGUAAAAUGUAUGAAGAACAUCUGAAGAGAAUGAAUCCCAACAGCCCCUCUAUCACAUAUGAUAUCAGCCAGUUGUUUGAUUUUAUUGAUGAUCUGGCGGACCUCAGCUGUCUUGUAAGAAAAGAUUCAAUAUCACCACUUUAACACACCACCCAACAGUGAGUCAGUGUUGGUGCUCAACAUGGAACAUGCUGUCCUGAGCGCCCGUGGACAGUAGGAUCACUGGGUCCCCCGCAUGGACAGCCUCCUCACCCCACCUGGGCUCUGAUGCCCUCCACCCAGCCACCCUCUGCAUAGAUAUCUCCCCCUACUUGGUCCUCUGACUCCCCACUCCAGGCCACUCCUCAUGGGGGCGCCCUUCCAGUCCUGCUCAUCCACAGAGAUGAUUUCACAUGGGAAACAUUCAUAUGAUUGGCUACCCUAGUAGCAGCUGUUCUGUUUACAUCUCAUUUUCAGUGAUUAACUUAGUCCUCAGGACAAACAUAGAGCUGUCAGUGAAAAUUAUUAUAAAGUAAGUGAACUUGAGAGUUUUUGUGCACUCUUCUAUACAUAUUAUACUUCAAUAAAAUUUAUUUCCCAGAAACAUCUCAUACUGACGUGUUAAAACAUCACUACCAGAAGGAAGUCUAAAAUAUUUGUUACCACAAAGUUACCCCUGCACCUUGGUAGAGGCCUCGGACCCUCCAGCAGCCUGGCAACCAGCUGAUCAGAGAAGGAACACUUUUCUGUUUUCUAACGGCUUGUCCUUGCCACACUGGGUAGUGACAAAAGGUUAUUAAAAACACAAGGGUUGCCCUAACUAGUUUGGCUCAGUGGAUAGAGCUUUGGCCUGUGGACUGAAGGGUCCCAGGU